AUGACACCUGCUGGAGAGAACCCGAAUUAUCCAUUGCUUGGCGGCUGUGGUUGUGGUCGCAUCCGCUAUGCAAUCGAGGUGGAGCCCCUGACCGUACAUUGUUGCCACUGUACUUUCUGCAUGCGGGAAACCGGCUCAAGCUAUGCGGUCAAUAUCCUCAAAGCACCCGCCGCAUUGGCGACAGCAACGACUUCGGAAACCAUCGAACCGAUUCCCAUGCUCAUCCCGUCGUUCAGCGGACUGGGCCAAACGAUCUUCCGCUGUCCCAACUGCUACGUUGCGGUUUGGAGCCAUUAUGCAGGAGCCGAUUCUCUGGUUAGCUUCAUUCGGGCCGGCACUUUGGACCGAAAGGAUGUGAUUGUACCCGAGCUGCACAUUUACACAAGCACGAAGCAGCCGUGGGUUAUCCUGCCAGAUGGGGCGCAAGCUUUUGAAGAGUUCUAUGACUGGAGGAAAGUGUGGAAAGCGGAGAGCAGAGAAUGGUUCGAAGCUGUUUUGAAAAGUAGGGCCAGCGAAAUGCAGAUGAAGCAGUGAAGAAAUGCAAAGGUUAUACUAAAGGAGAGGUACUCGUGGCUUCAGCUGGUAUUAGUUAGAACUCGACUUGGUCGUCAAUGAUCAGCAUUCAUACUUUCAAUUUCUUUCAUGUCGUCGGGACUCAAGUCAGGAGACAAAGUCAAUUGCCGUCAUCCAGUUCGCCCACUGUAGUGUGUUUGUCGUCUCCUUGGAAUUAAUUAAUACCUUGUUGAAAUUAUAUGCUGUUCGUUAAUACCCUCGGUCGAAAUAAAUGGCACAACAAAGUACAGCGCACAUAUUACCCGAAUAUAACUCUCGACAGUAGGAUGCCUGCUCGGCACCAUACAAAUGUCCACCGUAUGCC